AUGAGUUUCCAGUGUAACCCAGUUUCUAAUGGUUCUUUCUGUGUGUCCAGUGAUAUGGCACACCCGUGUAUCGCUCCUUCUCCACCCCCUCAGGGCGAUGGGCAAGAUCUGGCUAGGGCGAUCGAGGCCAUGGCUGCGGCUUUGACCCAGCAAAGCAAUGCCAUGAUGCAACAGCAUGAGACGGUGAUGCAGCGCCAGGAAGCCUCUCUUGAGCAGCAGAACUUCAUGAUGCAGCAGAUGGAAGCUGCUAAGCAGGCUGCAGAGGACGCUCAGAGGCAGCAUGUGGAUGCUCUCCGUCAGUUAGGGGAGAAUGCUGCAGGUGCUCAGAUAUAUGGUCCUCAUCCCCAACCUCCACCCCCUGAAUGGAAUAUGGAGCGCAUCUUUGAUGCCAAGAGGUGCCCCGAUGAGAGCAGGCUUGCUUUCACUGUCUACAUGCUCACUGGAGAGGCUGAGCAUUGGUGGGCCAGCAUGAAGAUGGUGAUGGAGGAGAAACAUGAGGAUGUCACAUGGAGAGCCUUCAAGAAGAGGUUCUUAUCUGAGUAUUUCCCUGAUAGCGUGAGGUACGCUAAGGAGGUAGAAUUUCUCCAGCUGACGCAGGGAAACAAAUCAGUAGCUGAGUACGCCGAGAGGUUCAAGCAUCUGGGGCGUUUUUACACCAUGCCGCUCGAUGAGGAGUGGCGUUGCAGGAAAUUUGAGAAUGGUCUUAGAGGAGACAUCCGCCUGAUGGUAGCUCCACUGUCCAUCAAGGACUUUGCGGCCUUAGUGGAAAAGGCCAGGGUCAUGGAGCGAAUGAAGGUAGAGGUGGAAGCUCAGCAGCAGCCACAGCAGAGAGUUAGCGGACCAUCUGGGUCCAGGCCACGAGUUGAAGAAAAGAGGAAGCCUUAUGCUAGACCCCAUCCACAGCCACAGGGAUCUGGAGGUUUCUCUUCCCCGCUUGGCAGGAUACAGUGUUAUCAUUGCGGAGGACCGCAUGCGAAGAAUUUCUGCCCACAGCUACCAGGUUUCCGCAGAUGCAACCUUUGUGGCAGGGGAGGCCACUUCGGCAGGGAUUGUCCUUCUAGGAGAGGGGCAGUAGCACGACCUUCACCACACACUCCGAGUCAGAGUUCAGGCCAGACUCAGCAUAGAGGAGGAGGCAGCAGGCCUCAGGCUACAGGUAGGGUCUUUGCGAUGACCGGGUCAGAGGCGGCAGGUUCAGGUAACCUUGUGAUUGGUUGUUGUGUGAUAUCUGGAAAAUCUUGUUGCUUUGAUCUCGUGGUAUCGACUCCGGCAUCUGGGUUGGUUAGUACUUCCUCUGUGUGUGCUAGAUGUCCAGUUGAGGUAGAGGGGCGCGUAUACAAAGUCAAUCUUAUAUGCCUCCCUCUGCAAGGGCUUGAUGUGAUCUUGGGAAUGGAUUGGCUCUCCGCCAAUCAUGUUCUCAUAGACUGUCGGGAGAAGAAGCUGUUGUUCUCAAACUCAGAGGAGCCUGAGUUGUUGUCUUCUCAUGAGGUUAUGAAGGAAAUUCAGAGCGGCGCGCAGUGUUAUAUAGUCUUUGCCAGGAUAGAGGUUGAGAAGGAAGAGAGGAUCACCGUGAUACCAGUGGUCAGAGAAUUUGAGGAUGUGUUCCCUGAAGAGGUACCGGGUUUGCCCCCGAGGAGAGAGGUUGAGUUCUCCAUAGACUUGGUACCAGGAGCCGGUCCUGUAUCGAUAGCUCCUUACCGCAUGGCCCCAGCAGAGUUGGUAGAGUUAAAGAAGCAGAUAGAGGAACUGCUUGAGAAACAGUUUAUACGGCCGAGUGCUUCGCCGUGGGGAGCGCCUGUUUUGCUUGUGAAGAAGAAGGACGGUGGCUCCAGGUUGUGUGUGGAUUAUAGGCAGCUGAACAAGCUGACUAUCAAAAAUAAGUACCCCUUGCCAAGAAUAGAUGAUUUGAUGGAUCAGCUUCAUGGGGCGUCAGUGUUCUCCAAGAUUGAUCUCCGGUCAGGUUAUCAUCAGAUUUUGGUGAAGGCAGAAGAUGUUGAGAAGACGGCUUUCAGAUCCAAAUAUGGGCAUUACGAGUAUGUCGUCAUGCCAUUCGGUGUGACUAAUGCCCCAGCUUUGUUCAUGGAUUACAUGAACCGGAUCUUCCGUCCGUUUUUAGAUAAGUUUGUCGUGGUCUUCAUAGACGACAUUCUCAUCUACUCCAGGACGCAGGAGGAACAUGCCGAGCAUCUGAGGAUAGUGCUUGGUAUCUUGAGGGAGAAAUAA